AUUUCAUGCAACCGAACUUACAGCAUUGACUCGCGACUCAGCAGAGGCCACGGUGAACACCCUCAAACGGUCUGCCUCCCCAGUCACGGCGACAAUUCCAGACUUGCCGAUCGAUCGCGACGUCGAGUCUUGCAAGAAAAAGCCGAAAUUAGAGAAGCAGACUGGCUCAGCAAAGGGACGGUCCACCUAUACUGGCUUUCGGCCGUUCUACCAGAAGCCUAAACCCAAGCCAGUCCAACGUAAAGUGGUGAGAAUGUCUGCUUAAGACUCACUGAAGUAGCAAGGCAUCAUGAGCUCACAUUCAAAGAAGACCGCAGACAAGCCGGUGGACCCUCCACCCAAAGAUACGGCCACAGUUCAAGACAGCGAAAGCAGUGCUCAUUGGUUGUUGGACUCCGUUAUGUGCACGAAGAGAGGCAUGACGGUCGUCAUAUCAGGCUCUUCGGGAGGGCACGAGGACCGCGGCUGGUACAACGGCGAGUGCGAGGGCGAACACGGUGUGGUCAAAUCGGUCUUCAACACGGGGAACGGAACCUUCUCGUCCACCGCGCAAGUGAAGAUCUUGAACCCUCGCGAGGGCGCCCCCUCAGUCUUCGCGAUCCCUGUCGAGUAUCUUGUCCCAGUGAGACCCGAGAAUCCAGGACAAAAGGCUCUUGUGCUGGAUGGUGACUGCAAGGGCGAGGUGGCGGUCAUCAGGGAGGAAGGUGAGGUGGUCGAUGAGUGGUUUGUCUCGGUGCGGAACAACCACUUCGAGAUCAGUGGUGAGAAGCUGGUCCUCUACUCGGAGGUUACGGAUACAUUCUGAGCAUGCAUCGCAGUAUUUCCUGUCCUUGUCUUCCGUCCUGCUACUGAGUCUUCUGGCCAUCGUUGACUGAUGCCUUGCUGCGGCCUGCAUGUUUUUCGUCUUGCUGUCGACGCUAUCUCUGACGAAGCUUACUCUAACUCAAAUUAAUUCUGCCAUGGUGCUUUCUGCGUAU